UCAUGAACUUUCUUCGCCGUCAAUUCUCUUCUUCUACUACCACUAGUAGUACUACAAAAGUUGUCAAUACAACUACCACUCACCAUGAUGUGAUCUCUCGCUCUGGUUAUUCCAACGAAGGUACCGCCAUGGAUUACUCUAAGCGUCAAAGUCUUGGCUUGAACGGUCUUUUACCUGCUCGAGUAGAAACGUUGUCAAUUCAAAAGAAGCGUGCUCUACGUGUGCUUCGGUCCAAGCCCAACUUGUUAGAAAAGUACAUCUUGAUGGCCCAACUACGUACCAAUAAUGUGCGUUUAUUCUACAAAAUCGUGAUGGAUGAACUCGAGGAAUUGGCUCCCGUGAUCUACACUCCGACCGUGGGCACAGCCUGUCUAGAGUAUUCCACUAUCUAUCCGUUCUUAGCUGCCCCUGGUGUCCCUGAUGGACUUUACUUGACCAAGGCUUCCUUACCAGAGUUGUGUCAGACAAUUCGUAACUACCGUACAGAUGAAGACUUCUCACCUGAAAUUUGUGUAAUUUCCGAUGGUUCACGUAUCUUGGGUUUGGGAGAUCUCGGUACCAACGGUAUCGGUAUUCCUAUCGGUAAACUUCAAUUGUAUGUUGCCUGUGCUGGUAUCGAUCCUCGUCGUACUUUGCCUAUCAUUCUGGAUUUGGGCACCAAUAACGAAAGCUUGUUAAAUGAUGAAUUCUACAUUGGUCUUCGACAAAAGCGACCAGCCGAUGAGGAGUUCUAUAAAACGGUGGAUGAUGUAUUGAAGGCACUUCAGACAGUAUAUCCCGACAUGUUAAUCCAGUUCGAAGAUUGGUCUUCCGAGCAUGCCUUUGGACUGUUGGAAAAAUAUCAAGACAAAAUGCUAUGCUUCAAUGAUGAUAUUCAAGGCACAGGUGCUGUGAUUCUUUCGGGUGUCAUGAACGCUAUUCGAAAGACCGCACGAGAAAAUGAUGUAGCUCCGCAAGACCACCGAAUUGUAUUUUAUGGUGCCGGAUCGGCUGCUAUUGGCGUUGCACGACAAAUCCAAAGUUAUUUCCAGAUUGAACACAAAAUGUCGGAAGAGGAAGCCAAAAAGGUGUUCUGGAUUGUUGAUUCCAAAGGUCUUGUUACUGCUGAUCGGGGCGAUCGUUUGGCUCAGCAUAAGGUGUAUUAUGCACGCCAGGAUAAUGAGGGACAACAGUACAAGGCACUCAUGGACAUUAUUAAUUAUGUGCAACCUACAGUUCUGAUUGGUCUCUCUUCUACGCGUGGAGCAUUUAGCCAUGAAGUCUUGUCUCGGUUUGGCGAGUUGAAUAAACAACCUAUCGUGUUUUCGUUAUCGAAUCCCGCUACGCAAGCGGAAUGUAGCUUUGAAGAAGCGAUGGUUGCUACCGACAACCGAGUGAUCUUUGCCAGUGGUACUGCAUUCCCUCCUUAUAAGAUUGAAUCGACAGGCGAGAUUAAAUAUCCUGGACAAGGCAAUAACAUGUACAUCUUUCCCGGGUUGGGUUUAGGCUCUGUGUUGGCUAGACCAAAGUAUAUCUCAAAUGAAAUGAUUUAUGCUAGUUCCAAGGCAUUAGCUGACUCUCUGACGGAAGAAGAGAUUGCGGAAGGCUGGCUUUAUCCUUCGUUAAAACGUAUUCGCGAGGUGUCUGGUAUUGUGGCUACUGCUGUGUGUCAAGAAGCGCUAGAUAAAGGAUUGGCUACAGACCAACGUUUAAAGUCAAGUGCUGAUAAUGGAAAGAUUUUGGAAUACGUUACCUCAAAUAUGUGGUCACCUACAGAUGAAAGUUAUGGUAUCCAUGAUACCAGUAAGAUAUGAAACACAAUAAAGAAAUUGCCUUUUUAGGUUUCAUCUCCA